UAUUAAUUGCCGAUUGAUGCGAUCACACACGGACUGCGAACUCGGCACGAAGCACACACAUCACUCGGCCCAUUUCGGUUUUCAAGUCCAAGUGUGCAGUUUAGCAUUUUUACGAGUUUAAAAAAGAAUAUCCAAUUUUAUUGUUUUCGUGAGGAAUUGUAGACGGAGUGCAUCUAUUUGAAUACGUGCAAAAUAAUAUCAACGCUUAUUUUACGGUGGCUAUUGUAAUUAAAAAAUGUAAAAAAAUUGCAUUCGAUAAAGAGUUUAAAGCAACAAUUUUUACCAUUGUGGAGCAUAUCAAUUGAUCGUCAAUAAAAGUAUACCAGAUCCGUUGAUAAAUUAAAUUGAGUUGAAACUAAAAGUACCAAAAAGUUUUAAAGGUAUAAAUCGUCAAAAUUAUUCGUUCACAAUAGCCAUUGUUCAUCACAAUGUAUUGCUCCAAGUUAUUUUGCGUGAUUGUUGUCCUACUUGGCUAUUUUUCGGUAGCAACAGUGGACGCAAUUAAUUGCUAUCAAUGCAAUUCUCAUUUGGAUCCGGAAUGCGCUGACUUACGCGCACACCCACCGCAUAAAGUGGCCGGUUUUCACCAGCCGUGUGACGACACUGAUGCGGAGGGGAAUCCAGCAUUUUGCCGAACAAUGACAUACAAAUUCAAGUUUCUGAAGAAAACUGACCUAGACGCAAGUCGAGUGGUAAGAACGUGUGGAUAUCGAAGAUCGAUGAAAGAAUGUUACAUAGUCGAUAAUGACCAUCAUAUGGAAAGUGUUUGCCAGUGUUUUGAAGAUGGAUGCAAUACAGCCCAAAAUUUGUCCAUUUUCAGCAUCAUUUCCACACUGGUCAUUGCUUCAACGCUACAUUUCAUUUUCUAAUUAAAAUCUACUUUCGAAAUUGCUGUACCAUUUGUAUGUAAAUGUGUGUUCAGUUUUCAUAAUUUCAAACAUGUUUCGUCCUAAUCAAUCUCUGAUAAGAUCUAAUAAUAAAAAACAUUUACACA